AUGACUGAAAUUUUAAAUUUCAAUGAAAAUGAAAAAGGUUUUGUAUCAGAUUACAUGAUUAAUUCUGAUCAACUUACAAAAAUUAACAAGCUUAAAUUCAAGCUUGAUUCAAGACAGGUUUUUAACCAGUCUGGAUAUUUACAGAGUUUAGUUUCAAAAGCUUUUACUCAAAAAAAUAAAAUCUUUUACUGUUUUAAUACUGAAGAACUUUCAGUAGAUAUAAAAGAUACUUCUGGAGAACUUUAUUUACCACUUUUAACCAAAGGUGAAAUAGCAAAAAGGCUAUUAAGUGUUAGACCAGAUUUAAGAAAGUCUCUUAAUAUGGUUCAUAUAGGAGCUGUAAAAAUUCUCCUAAAAGCACAAUUCAGAGAUGGAAUUAACUUUCCAAUAAAAAUGGCACUCGUUGACAAUAGAAUUGUUAACAGACAAGAUGCUCUAUUAGGGGUAGUACAAGGAAAUUUAGCAUAUGGUAAUAAAGUAUUUACGGUUAAUUAUUUGAUCGCAUAUGCUAUUACAAAUAGUACUCAUUCAAUAGAGUAUAAAGAAAAAGAGAAUAUCACAAUGGAAGAUAUAUUCUCAGAAAUUGGAACUGUAGAAGGCAGUAAAUUUACUGAACCAUCACAGUUACAAGAAAAUUGGGCAAUAAAUAUUGCGCGAAAUAAAAAGGUUUUACACCAAAGGCCUAGAUAUAAUUUCUCUAAUUCGUUAAGAUUAAGUGAACCUAGUUCAUUUGAAAUCUCUUCUGAUUUAAUGAGAUCAAUGUCCGAAAGGAUAGAUAAAUAUGGAGAAAUCCUCAAAGAGGUAGUAGGAAUUUAA